AUGAUGUCUGAACAUAAAGCAGUAGUGAAAAAUGCCGAUAUGUCAGAUGAUAUGCAACAAGAGGCUGUUGAUUGUGCUGCACAAGCUUUAGAGAAAUAUAGUGUGGAAAAAGAUAUUGCAGCAUUCAUUAAGAAAGAAUUUGACAAGAAAUAUAAUCCUACAUGGCAUUGUAUUGUUGGGAGAAAUUUCGGAAGGUGUGUUUCAGGAUGGGUAAUAUCAUUUUCAUUUCUAGUUGCUAGUGAAUAUAUGUAG